AUGCUCCUAUCCCAUCAUCUGCCCCAUCUUAAGGCUCUCCCAAACCCGUACCCGACCCGCACCGUCGUCACCUUCCACUCGCCAGUCCCUACGAGGGUACCAUUUCCAUGGCCGGGUCACCCGACCCGAAACUUCAAGGCUUCUCCUCUUCUAUGCUCGCCACAGCCUCGAUUCUCCUCGUACGAAGUUGGGAGCAGUGCGGAGGACUUCAACGUGGAGCUCGGACGGCUGCUUGCUCUUUUGCCUGAGGACAUGCGGCGGAAGGCCAGCGAGCAUCCGGAGCUCCAAGACCUGAUUGAGGUGGUCAUGGAUUUGGGCCGGAAGCCCCUAGCUCGUUUCCCGUCCGGGGACUUUGUGCUGUCGGAUCACCCUAUUACAAUGGAGGAAAUCCAGCAUGCCACGUCACAUGUUGGGGAUUUUGCAGUUGAUAAUCGAGCUGGGAUUAGCCGAACUUUGCACCGUAUUAGUGGAAUUCGAAACAGGAAAGGCUUGAUUAUUGGAUUAACCUGCCGUGUAGGUCGUGCGGUUUCUGGUAGUGCUAAUUUGUUGCGGGAUUUAGUAAAAGAUGGGGGCUCUUUGUUGCUUAUUGGGCCUCCAGGGGUGGGAAAGACCACGAUUAUCAGGGAUAUAGCUCGUAUGCUAGCAAAUGAAUACGAGAAGCGUGUAAUGAUUGUUGACACCUCAAACGAAAUUGGUGGUGAUGGAGAUAUUCCUCAUGCUGGAAUAGGCAAUGCUCGAAGGAUGCAAGUCCCACAUACUGAUAUGCAACAUAAGGUCCUGAUAGAAGCUGUCGAAAAUCAUAUGCCACAAGUAAUUGUGAUAGAUGAAAUUGGCACUAAGCUUGAAGCUGCAGCUGCAAGUACAAUUGCACAACGUGGAAUUCAGCUAGUUGCAACAGCUCAUGGGGUAACCAUUGAGAAUUUAGUGAUGAAUCCGGCUUUGGAGAUGCUUGUUGGAGGAGUGCAGAGCGUGACGUUAGGAGAUGAAGAGGCAAGCAGAAGAGGUGUACAGAAAAGUGUGUUGGAGAGGAAAGGACGCUCGACUUUCAGCUCUGGAGUCGAGAUAAUUUCUAGGACAGAAUUACGUGUUCAUCGUAGUUUAGAAGCUACAGUGGAUGCUGUUCUUUUAGCGCCGCCGUCUGUCUCCCAAUUUCGAGUAGAAGUCGACAAGGGCCGAGAAAUUAUGGGCGAAGUGGGCGCGCUGGGAGAUGGCGGAGACGUCGGGGGUCGGCAUACUACGAAGAAUCGAGGCGGCGUAGAUGGUGGCUCUCGGGGAAAGUGUGGCGGCUGA